AUGGCGCUGACCCCCGAGUCCCCGAGCAGCUUCCCUGGACUGGCGGCCACCGGCAGCUCUGUGCCGGAGCCACCUGGCAGCCCCAACGCAACCCUCAACAGCUCCUGGGCCAGCCCGACAGAGCCCAGCUCCCUGGAGGACCUGGUGGCCACGGGUGCCAUUGGGACUCUGCUGUCAGCCAUGGGCGUGGUGGGCGUGGUGGGCAACGCCUACACGCUGGUGGUCACCUGCCGCUCCCUGCGCGCCGUGGCCUCCAUGUACAUCUACGUGGUCAACCUGGCGCUGGCUGACCUGCUGUACCUGCUCAGCAUCCCCUUCAUCGUGGCCACCUACAUCACCAAGGAGUGGCACUUCGGGGAUGUGGGCUGCCGCGUGCUCUUCAGCCUGGACUUCCUGACCAUGCACGCCAGCAUCUUCACGCUGACCGUCAUGAGCAGCGAGCGCUACGCCGCGGUGCUGCGGCCGCUGGACACCGUGCAGCGCCCCAAGGGCUACCGCAAGCUGCUGGCGCUGGGCACCUGGCUGCUGGCGCUGCUGCUGACGCUGCCCGUGAUGCUGGCCAUGCGGUUGGUGCGCCGGGGCCCCAAGAGCCUGUGCCUGCCCGCCUGGGGCCCGCGCGCCCACCGCGCCUACCUGACGCUGCUCUUCGCCACCAGCAUCGCGGGGCCCGGGCUGCUCAUCGGGCUACUCUACGCGCGUCUGGCCCGCGCCUACCGCCGCUCGCAGCGCGCCUCCUUCAAGCGGGCCCGGCGGCCCGGGGCGCGCGCGCUGCGCCUGGUGCUGGGCAUCGUGCUGCUCUUCUGGGCCUGCUUCCUGCCCUUCUGGCUGUGGCAGCUGCUCGCCCAGUACCAAGAGGCCCCGCUGGCGCCGCGGACAGCGCGCAUCGUGAACUACCUGACCACCUGCCUCACCUACGGCAACAGCUGCGCCAACCCCUUCCUCUACACGCUGCUCACCAGGAACUACCGCGACCACCUACGCGGCCGCGUGCGCAGCCCGGGCAGCGGCGGAGUCCGGGGGCCCGUUCCCUCCCUGCAGCCCCGCGCCCGCUUCCAGCGCGGCUCCGGCCGCUCCCUGUCUUCCUGCAGCCCGCAGCCCACUGAGAGCCUCGUGCUGGUGGCGGCGGCCCCGGCCGGACCUGCGCUCGAGAGUCCCGGGGACCCGGCGUGA